CAACUGGCACCAGCCCUUUUUGGCCCUCGUUAUGGCCAAAACACUUAGUGACCACCUUCUGAACACCUUGGAAGAGCUGGUGCCCUAUGACUUUGAGAAGUUCAAGUUCAAGCUGCAAAACACCAACCUGGAAAAGGAUCACUCCCGGAUACCCCGAGGCCAUCUCCAGAUGGCCAGGCCAGUGAGGUUAGCCACCCUGUUGAUCUCCCACUAUGGGGAGGAGUACGCUGUGCGGCUGACGCUACAGAUCCUGCGGGGCAUCAACCAGCGUUCCCUGGCACAGGAGCUCCACAAGGUCACCAGCCAGGAAUAUUUGAUACCAGAAAGUAGCACUGACACACCAACAGGGUCCUCUUCUCGGGAGAACAAGUCCAAGAGCCUGAAAGAACCAGAUGGCCUUGAAGGUGAUGGGCAGCAUCGACAAAGUGGUGACGCGGCAUCCAGCCUACAGUCCAUCCAGCCUGAGGUGGGGAGAGCAACUCAGAAAAAGUGUCAGAGCAAACGGAAGGACCCAAAGGUCUCUGAGGAUUCACAGAGCAAGCUAUGGGGCAGGGGCCCAGUGCCAAUCUCGAAGAGAAGCCCAGUCCCCUCUCAGCUGGCAGGAGACAAAGAGAGAAGGGAGUGUGGCCAGCUCCGCAGGAAUGCCAGCUCUGCAGGAAGGCUCCAGGGGCUCUGCAAUGGGGCCUUGGGGAGGAAAGAAUCCAAAAAAUCUGAGUUGUACUUACCUUCAGGAAAGAAGCGACCCAAAAGUCUUGAAAUUUCCAUUUCAUCAGGAGAGGGAGUACACCCAAACCGAGAAAUGCUUCUGACUCAGGAGGAAACUCAACAAGAGAGAAAUGCACAUUCAGACUCAGCAGCCGCCCCCAAGGGGGCAGUCAGUAUGAAUGGAGAGGCUCCUCACACUCAACAGGGCUCCAGGAAUCCAGAUUAUCCCAUGGUCCUAGAGGAGACAGCAUUCAAGAACACACUUUCCAAUGCACUGUCAGCUGGAGAGAAGAAAUGCACAGCAUCCUGGGACGAAAAUGGAACUGGGGGACCAGAUAGCCCUGGUCCGCUGGUAAAGAUGACCCACGGUGUAUGUCACAAGUCCUCAAAUCCAGAAGCGCCUUCACCUUCAGGGAGGCCACAGGAGGAGCCCACAGGUUACCUCUGCCACAACCAAGAUGAAGACCUGCAUGGUGACAUGUGUGUACUCAGCUCCUGCAGCUUCCCCAAGGUUCCUGAGGAUCUCAAGGCCACAGGAAGUCAUUCAUCCAGCUUCCCUCAGUGCCAGGCCUCACUCACAAAGAAGGGCUCUGGAGAACUGAGCCCCCAGCCCCUACCACACUGCCAGCACCACAAGCAGGUACAGCUGCUUUUCUGUGAAGAUCACAGGGAGGCCAUUUGUCUCAUCUGCAGGCUGAGUCAGGAGCACAGAGGCCACUGGGUGCGCCCCAUUCAGGAAGCUGCCUCAGAAUACAGGGAGCAAAUUCAGAAGCAGCUAAAGCAUCUGAAAGAACUGAGGCAAUCUGGGGAGGAGCAAAGACUGCAAGGGGAUAAGAAGAAUGGAAACCUCCUGAAACAAACUGAAACCCAGAAACAGAAAGUCCGGUGCCAUCUGGAGAAGCUGUCAUGCUUUCUGGAGCAACAGGAGCAACUCUUUGUGGCCUGGCUAGACAAGCUGCACCAAACCAUUAGCAGGGCCUGGGAGACCUAUGACACCCGGAUGUCCCAGGACAUUCACAGCAUUGAUGAGCUGAUUAGAGAACUAGAGGCCAGAAAAGACCAAUCAGAAUGGGAGCUCAUGCAGGACAUUGGAGUUACCUUGCAGAGGGCGAGGAAGAUGACAAUCCCUGAGCCAUGGACCACACCUGAAGACAUGAAAGAAAAGAUCCACUUGCUCCACAAGAAAUCAGAGUUUGUGUGGAAGAGCAUCCAAUGCUUCUCUGAAGCAAUACGUUCUGAAAUGGAAACAUUCAAUGUUCCAGAAUUGACUGAUGCUCAGGCACAUGCUGCUAGUAUCUUCCUGGAUCCAGCCACUGCUCACCCUAACCUCAUCUUCUCUGAUAAUAUGAAGAGUGUGAGACUUGGGAACAAGUGGGACCGGCUGCCUGAUAGCCCAGAGAGAUUUGACAGCUGCAUCAUCACUCUGGGCUCUCCUAGCUUCUUCUCUGGCCGCCAUUACUGGGAGGUAGAGGUUGGAAACAAGACAGCGUGGGUCUUGGGAGUGUGCAGAACAUCCACAAACAGGAAGGGGAGCAUGACUCUAUCACCAGAGAAUGGCUACUGGGUGGUGAUGAUGAUGAAGCGAAAUGAAUACCAAGCAUCCACCAUUCCUCCAACCCGACUGCACAUAAGAGAGCCCCCCAAGAGGGUUGGCAUCUUCCUAGACUACCCAGCUAGAGACAUUUCUUUUUAUAAUGUGACAGCCAGAUCCCACAUCUAUACUUUCACUGGUUUCUCUUCCUCUUGGCCCCUUCAACCUAUCUUCAGCCCUGGGACACAUGACGGAGGGAAGAACAUGGGUCCUCUGACCAUCUGCCCAGUGGGUCACCAAAGGCCUCACUGAAUGCUCAGUAUUGCACCUUUGUGUUUGUAUUCAAAAGUCACUAACUGCAUACCUACUAGGUUCAAUCUGUGCACCAGUGGCUUACAACUGUAAUCUUAGCUACUUAGCUGAGAACUGAAG